UUGAUCGAGUACCUCCAAAUUCCCAUCCUCACCCCCACCAAACUUGUCAUCACCCAACAAAGGUAUAUUCGAAAUGUAAGCUGCAUCAUCGAGACACCCCACCUGCCUCAAUAUCUCCAACAACGACUCCUUACUCACCACAUCAUCAUCUUUCUCCAAAAUCUCGAGAAUUUUGGACACAAUUUGAUGCCUCGGCUUCCAGCUUACCGACCACUCGGUCGAGGCCGCAUUUUUGAGGCAAGAAAGGGCCUCGGGGAUCCUCAUAUUUGCAAUGUGGUCCUCCGAGAGUAUCUCCCACGUAAACGGGCUGGGUUUCCCUCCCAUCUCGCCCAUCUGUCUCUGCCUUUUCGGAAAGCCCGUUUCUCAAAUAAGCGCCUAAGAGCAGAUUACCUAACCGCGGGUCAAAAGCCGAAUUUACCGAAAGCCACUCGAUUACGGUCGCGGCCCAUAAUCACAUCCUCGAGUUUCCUUAGACACUCCUCGGCUUUCUCCAGGAGACCCGAUUUAAUAUACAUCGCGGCCAUCGUGCUGAAAGUUGACCAUUUUCGAGCUCCAUCUGCUGAAAAACUUGCUCCAUUUUAUCCACGGAGCCUUGGGACCCAUGGGAAGAGAGCCAUAUGUUGUAGGUGUAAAUAUCGGGCGAUAUCUCUUUCUCGAAUAUUUCUGAUAUUAACGACUCCACUUUCUCAAAAGGGUCAUCAUCACAUUGAAAGGAAGGAUGUGUUUCUGUUUCUCAUUUCCUCCAUUAGGGACUCGGCCUUUUCCCUCAUCGUUGAGCGGACAUACGCGUUUAGAAGGGAGCCAUAUAUUCUAUUGUCCAUUAAGGCGAUUGGAAUAUUUUUGAAGUAUUGUUCGGCGCUCGAAAUGCCGUGCACUUUCGCAAUGAGGUCGAGCUGGAUGGCAGCGUCGCUGGAGGUUGUUCUGAACCUCUGUGGCAUCCGGUGUAUAAGAUGGAUUUUUUCAGAAAAAAGGUCGAAUUUUGAAGGAGCCCGGAUGAGAAUGACAGCGCAUUUGAAGCGUUAA